AUGCUAUCGGUUCAUUUUGGCACAAAGAUUCACCAAAACACGCGAAAUGCGAUUGCGAAACACAAGCCAGCUCUUCUCAGGGCUAUUCGAAAAUUCAACAACUACUGUGAACAACUAGCUGCAAUGUACCGACCUGAUUGGGAGCUGCCACUCCCAGAUGCUCUCCCUGUCAAACUCAAUGACUUGCGCAACAGCCCGUUGCUCAUGGAGGACAUUUGGAUCACUCGUACCGCGCUGGAGGUUCCACGUUGGCUUGAGGAAGUCGAGGUUCGGGUGGGAAUACGAGCAAUGUUAAAGCUCAAUCACUGCUUGGAGGAACACCGUCGAUUAGGCGUUGAGGCGGACAAUCUUUGCCACUGGUUUGGACAGGAGCUCCUCGCCCUUGAAACAGCCGUGUUGUCACCUUCCAAGCUGUAUUUCAUUCACUGGGUUAGAUUUAGAAAGCUAAGAGAAGGGGCUACAACUAUUGUAUCGUGGGAAAUUUCUCCCAAAAAGGAAGGUACAUGCCCUAAAAGGACCACAAAGUGUCCGCUUUUUGAGACUACAAAAUGUCCGCUUUUUGAGACUACAAAAUGUCCACUUUUUGAGACUACAAAAUGUCCACUUUUUGAGACUACAAUGAUUUGUAGUGUCCGCUUUUUGAGACUACAAAAGUUAGUAGUGUCUGCUUUUUUGGACUACAAUGUGUCUGCAUUUUUGGACUACAAUGUGUCUGCUUUUUCAGACUACAAUGGUCAUUGGGGAUAUGAUUGA